ACCUGCUACAGUAUGUCGCACUUUCAGCCACAGGGUCGCGUCUUAUUUGAUUUCUGCCGUCUCCGUCGCCCCCUCGCCCACUCUAUCGGCUGUCAGUCAAAAGGGAGUGCGGGGCGCGAGGAAAAACAAAAUGGUGUGCGCUUGUUUUUGACACAAUGUUGCGCUAGAGGCUUCGCGGUACGUGAAAAAGAAAAAUAUUGCGGAAAAAUUGAUUUCCAACCUGGUGAAACUAUUUCCAAUCGCAAGUGUAAUUCGGGCCGCGUCGCCGUGAUGUGAAUUCCAGUGCGUAGCCGCGGAAAUAAGUGCAGAAAAUCCGGAAGAUUUCAAUACGUGUUAUCAAUCGUGCUAGUAAUUGGAGCAAGCCAAACAUAAAAUACUAUUAUCUGCCGGGAAGUAACAUUUUAAAAUCGUCAAUUUGCGAUCCCAUCGAGAAGAGUUUAGACUUAACCCAGUGUCUGUUGCCCAGUAAGUUAUGGACGAGGGCAGCGACCGACCCCCAACGCCCGACCGAGCCGUUGAGGAACCAGCAGAAUCUUCAGCGGACGCUGUAGAUUCUGGUGGUACCGCAGCCGCACCGCCUACUGAAGAGGAAUCGCAGGAGUCCUCCUCCGUAGCCGGUACGGACGAGGUCGAAGGUCAACGGAUUGCUGUCACGGCGGAAGAAAAGUCUCAUGAUGAUGGCGGUGGUGCAGAAGUAUCCACAGAAGCGAUGGACGUUGACGACGACAAGAAGCACGAUGACGAUGGGAAAGACGACGGAGACAGUUUUGCGCCCACGUUGGAAGCUGUCCAGGAGAAAGGCGAAAGCCAAUACGUGGACAGCGAGGAAGCUCCGGCGAAGGAAGGCGAUGCCAGUCGACCAGAAAGUGCAGCCGGAGGCGACAAGGUAAACGAAAGUGAACUUCUUGACGAUAUCGAGAUGACCAAUGUGGAGGAAAGCCGUCACCGAGAGGGAGAAGAAGAAGGAACGGAACCGAUGGACGAAACGGACAAGUCGCACGAUCAGUCGACCACACUGGAUCCGUUCGAUCAGAUCAAGCAUGCCGAACAGUCGAAGGAUGAAUCGUCGAUUCAGAACGAGAGCAGCGUUGCCGGAGACGAGGUGGAUAGCACUGCGGUGACCACAACGGAAGCAGAUGAGUCGACCCAAGCGAACGAAUCGUCUGCUAUGGAUGCUACUGGCAACGAGGAUGCCGAGCAUGCCGAUGAAACUGUGGCGGAAGAGGGCGUUGACGAACUGUCGGAGGGCGAAGGCGUCGACGAAAACGUAUGUCUUCUGCCCGAUGACGAACGGGAGCUAUCGGAAGCGGAUAAGGAACAAGCUCGGGUGGCACGGGAAGCAGCCGAAGAGUCGGAAAAGAGUCAAGAUGGUGUGGAGGAGACGACUACGCCAGCAGCAGAUAAGGAGGGUGAGAAGGAACCGGCUGCCGGAGAACAGGAACCAGCUGAGAAGGAAUCGUCGAAGGACAAGGAUCAACCCGACGGAGACGUGCAAGUGGUGGAAACGCCCGCGGAUAAGGAACCAUCGACGACGGAGGAAGCCGAGGUUCGGUUAGAAGCCGGGGCGGAACACACGGAGGACGUUGAGAUUGAACAGGAUCAUGCGGCUGACGCGCCGCCGCAGGUGAACGAAAUUCGAGAAGUUCCGGAACCGAUGGAACAGACCUGCUUGAAAUGCGACACAAAGAAGGUUUGCGAGUACAGUCUAAUCCAGGAGGAUGGUGAGGAGGCCAAGUUCAUCUGCUCGUUCGAUUGUGUGCAGUCGAUGCGGACGGAAAAACCGGGCCAAUACGUGUUGAUUCAGAAGCGGGUGGGCAUUGUGCAGAUCUUCGAUUGCAAGGAGACAUGCUCGAAGUGUGAGAAGGAGACUACCUGCAAGUAUCGGUAUCAGACGGGGAAGACUGGCGGGGACGAGGCACGCUACAAGUACCUUUGCGACAUGAAGUGCGUGGAAUAUCUGACGACCGUUAACGGGGAAAAGUACGUUCUGAAGAGGAAGCGCUACUUGAUCGAUGAGAAGGCCGAAGCAGAGGAGAAGAAGUGCAUCCAGUGUAAUGACGUCAAGCAGUGUAAAUACUUCUUCCAGCAGGAUGACGAUGAGCUGUUCGUGUGCCAGGAGGAUUGUCUGAAUCUGUUGAUGACGGAACACCAGGAUCUGUUCCGGCUGAAGCGAAGGUCGGUAAGGGUUAGGGAUCUGCCCAAAAGGGUUCCUACUGAACCGGAGCAGCCCCAGGAGCCAGCAAAGGCUGUAGCCCGCACCGAAGAGGAAGCCGAACACGCCCGGUUGGAUCGCGAGGCCAGUUACAUGCGACGAUGCGCCCAGUGUUUCCAGCUGAUUCAGCUGACAGAGAGGACACUCCAGUGGGAGACGAUGGACUUUUGUAACGAAAAAUGUCUUGGGGUUUAUCAGAACUCGGUGGGUUCCAACUGUGCCAUGUGUAGCAAUGCCGUUUCGGUGACCAGUCUGGGCAAGUACUGCGUCCGGUUUGGAUUCGACAUCCGACAGUUUUGUCGGUCGAGUUGUCUGGAUCAGUAUAAGAAGAAUUUGAAGGUCUGUUCCUACUGUCAGCGGGACAUAACUGUUGGUGAACUCGGAUUCCUGGCACCGGUUGGAGAUAAGGGAUUAUUCAAGGAUUUCUGCACUCAGGUUUGCUUAAAGAAAUACGAGGAAGUGCUGGAUCCGAACAAGCGUCAGGUUCCGCACAUCUGCGCCGUCUGCAAUCACGAAAAGGUCACCAUGAUCAACGUAACGCUAGACAACAGGGAGCACUUCUUCUGCAGCACGCCGUGCUUUUCCGCAUUCAAAUUCGUCAACAACGUCAAUCCGGACGAAUGUACCAUGUGCAAGAUGUUUUUCGAGCGGAAGUCGACCGAUUCAUUCACCAUUUUCACAUGCGAUCGGGGUCCGGAAGGGGCUCCAUUCUGUUCUAAAAUCUGCAUGAAUCUCUAUAUCAUCACCAACAGGAAGAUCGUGUCGUGCAAUUGGUGUAAAGUGAAAAAGUACAACUUUGAUAUGAUCCAGAAGGUGGUCGGAAACAUGGCCAUGUGUUCGCUGAAUUGUCUUACCCUGUGCGAAGUGUCCGUCAACGCUCUAUCGAUGAAGCAGAUCCACUGCGACCACUGCAAGUUGCUAAAAACCCCGCAGUAUCACUUGACCAUGAGCGACGCCAGUGUCCGGAACUUCUGUACCUACCAGUGCGUAAUGUCGUUCCAGAGCCAGUUCAACAAAACUCCGUUGACCAUCGAUUCCGAGGAAAGCCGUAACAAUCCGGUGCCCACAGGGCUGCCGAAACGAGUCAAAAAGACGGCAACUCUGCCGGGGGUGACCCUGUCGGCAACACCAGUUGCACAGUCAUCCACCGCUCUUCAACCGGCAAGAAAAGGCGGAAGGCCUGCCCGUACAGCGGCUGCCGUGGCCAAUGCCGUUAUGUCCACCGUUGAUCUGCCGGUAAUAUCUUCGGUACAGUCACUCGCAGGUCAUAUGUCUCCCGCUAAUCGGUCAACACGAUCCAAGGGUGGCCGACCGCCGGGCAAUGCGACUCCUACACGGGCAAGCGGUCCUAAUCUGCCGGAACUCCGGGUAUCCUUGGAACCAUUGAGCGUCCAGUUAAAUACUGCGCCCAAGAAGCGAUAUGAACCACCGCCACCACCGCCGCCUCCACCCAAGGUGGAGCUGAAGACGCAGAUUGUUACGAUUCCUCCGACGCCUGUUCCUGUGGCAAACGCUGGAACCAUGUGCAAACCAAUGCAGCAAUCCAAGGCGGUUAGUUGCAGGCCCGUUCAGUGCAACGUAGAAUGUCAAACAGAAGAGUGGUUACAAAGGAAAAUCGUCAUUCCGAUUCCGGUUCCAAUCUACGUUCCUUCUCCCAUGCAUAUGUUCUCCUUACCCACGCCAGUCCCAAUUCCCUUCCCCCUCCCCAUCCCGGUUCCUGUUUUCAUUCCAACAACGCGCAACUCCGCCAACGGCAUCAUGAAGGAAAUCAAAAAGAUCCAAGACAAGAUGCCCACCGAUCCUUACGAAGCAGAGCUGCUCAUGAUGGCCGAAAUGGUGGCCGGCGACAAGAAAAAAGACGACGACGAUUCCGACUCGGACGAUGCGGCAGCCGACGAGCAGUUCAACGCAAACACCGUCAGCCUGGAAACAAACAACACCUCCUUCAACGAGGAUCUGGUCCAGAUGGCCCUGAAGAUGGCAUCGAACGACUUCGAAGAACCGGCCGUCGACCUGGAAUCGGCCAUGCAGGCCAACACCAUCGCCCAACAGCAGGCGGCAGCCCAAGCUGCCCACCAUGGCUACGGUCACGACGACGGUUCCCAGCAACAACUACACCACCAUCAGCUCCUGAUGCUCGAACAGCAACGGCAAGCCCCGACCGCUGUGGCCCAACGAGGUGGCCGCAAACGAGCCCCGGCCGCACCCCGAACGAACAACAACAACCGGCAGCAAAUUUCCCCGAACAAACGCAUCAAACGGGAACAGAUCAGCGAACCCUCACCGGAACCACCGCGGGAACCCGUCGAGAAGCCGGACGCCAACAUGUGUCUCAAGUACACGUUCGGUGUGAACGCCUGGAAGCAGUGGGUCCUCACGAAGAAUGCCGACCUGGAGAAGAGUACCAUCCGGCGGAAACCAUUCAAGUCGGAAAUCCUGCAGCUGACGGCCGACGAACUGAACUACUCGUUGUGCUUGUUCGUGAAGGAAGUCCGGAAGCCGAACGGCACCGAGUAUGCUCCCGAUACGAUCUACUAUCUGGUGUUAGGUAUUCAACAGUAUCUAUUUGAGAACGGUCGAAUAGACAACAUCUUCACCGAUCCCUAUUACGAACGGUUCACCGAUUGCUUGGAUGAAGUUGCCAAGAAGUUCUCUGUACUGUACAACGAUUCUCAAUACAUUGUGACCCGAGUGGAAGAGGAGCACCUGUGGGAGUGCAAACAGCUGGGAGCACAUUCGCCGCACGUUCUACUCAGUACCCUGAUGUUCUUCAACACGAAACACUUCAAUUUGACGACGGUGGAGGAACACAUGGAGCUGAGCUUCUCGCACAUCAUGAAACACUGGAAGCGAAAUCCCAACCAAGGUGGUGCCAAAAUGCCCGGAUCGCGGAACGUGCUGCUCCGAUUCUACCCGCCACAGUCGUCACUAGCCGCUAAUGCGAGGAAAAAGAAGGUCUACGAACAGCAAGAGAAUGAGGAGAAUCCCCUGCGGUGCCCGGUGAAGCUGUACGAGUUCUAUCUCUCGAAAUGCCCGGAAAGCGUAAAGACCCGCAACGACGUGUUCUACCUGCAGCCGGAACGAUCCUGCGUGCCGGACUCCCCCGUCUGGUACUCGACGCAAGCCCUCAGCAGGGACGCCCUCAGUAAAAUGUUGCACAGGGUUAAGAUGGUGAAGGAAAUCAACAUCGCCCUGCUCACCAGCUAAUGAAACGAGUCCCAAGAUGACGAGGACAGUAGUGCUAGCGGCACUACCCACAACCUAAUCCCGAACUCAAUCAACUCCUCCGCCAUUAGCACCGUAGCCAGUCAGGUGGCCAACUUUUGCUCGAUGAAUCAAGUUGCCAAUGCGCUCAGUUCUCUUCCGUUCCGCAGUUUGCAAUCUUCGCUGCAGCAGUUGCAGCAGCAACAACAACAACAGCAAGCAAGCAAUAAUGGUGGUGGGUCGCAAACAACGAUGGCCACCACCUCAGCGGCCGCCGGUGGUGGGAUGGCCGGAUCGGGUCAACAGCAGCCGGCCAGCUUUAUGGCCAAUAAUACGACCCAUCCUCCGCCACCGCCGGAUUACGACUAUUACUACAAUGACUACUAUCGUCGCUGGAGCGGAAUCAUGAACUUCCACCGCUAAGUCAAGGGAUGGCGAUUUGUGUGGAUGCUGUCGGGUAAGGCUGGUCAAAUCUCGUCUAUAAUCGCUACCUAAUUUGCCCGGAAUGGUCACAAUCCGAUCGUUGUCCUAUGGAAAAAGUUCAAAAGUUUUCAGGAAUGAUCCAAAAUAUGGUGGUGCAAAGCACCAUCCUUCGCCAUUCUACUACUAAUCUAAGUAUGUAGGAGGCAAAACUGCGCAGAAAAUGAAGUUUCCUUCGUGAAGAAUCCCCCCUUGAUGCGACUCAUAUUAUUUGACUAUUUUGUUGUUAUUCGAUUUAGAGCCACACGUUUUAUUUACCCGUCAAAACUGCAGCGAGAAUUCAGUUUACCCCCUCCCUCACAGCUAAUAUAAGUGCGAUUUUAAGUUUAUUUUUAAGCGAGAGGAGCGUCAGUCUUUGUAAAUAUUAAUUUAAUCUUGAUAGGCAGUCAGUGGUGGUAACAACUGCUGCAACAGCAUUCGCUUGAGAAAAACAAUCUGGAUUUAGGAAGUACAUGCACACAAACAGUUUUAGGUCUCAGAAGAACAAGCAAGGAUACAUUUAAAUACACAUUCAAAAUUAGCCAAGCCAUAAGUGUAUGCGUCUAAUAAAUAGGGAAAUGACAAAAUCAAUGAAAUAUGGCACACAUUCUACUAUUUAAGGUGAUCACCUAUUAUAGCGGGGAGGUUGUUUCGAUUUCCUCCAGAAUUGUAACUAACGACACAUUUAGACACACUCAGAAGCGAUUCAACUUCCUUCCCUAGAUUCGUUUUUUCGUCUAAUUUUGCUGGCGCGCCAGGUAUGCGGUAUGGUUGAUUCAACGCAGUCAGGGAAUGUAAUAAAUGGAUUGAUUGCAGUGUGAAAUAUCAAAAUGCUGUAAGCUAUUCAGCUUAGUCCAGUGUUGAUUGCAGUGUAGGAUCACAGAGAAUAAAGGAAAUCAGAGAGACAAGAAUAUUUUUUUGAUUGUAAAAUACUAUCGAUAAAUCGUCACAAAUCACACACACACGCAUAUAUAGACAGACAUUGGCAAACAAUGGUAAGAAGCAAAAUAUAACUCUAUUGGUCAGAAAACAGCAGCAUACAGAUUAGGAAUAAAAAGAACAGGAAGUAAUUGAAAGCA